GCCGGCAGUGCACACGUGCGCCGCGCUCCGACCUACGCCGACGCACUGCCUACGACAUGUUGUCUCCCAUCUCUCGAUACAACAUGGAGAGCUUCACAAAAACACACUUUUGGCUCGCCGCAGCCGCACUCCUCGCCGCCUGCGGCGUCUGCGCCGGCGCCGGCGUGCGGAAACCCUUCACGCCGACUGACUCGAUCCUCGACAUCAUCGACACCGAGCAGGUCGAGAAGAUCCUCGCCGCGAGGCAGCGCGCCGAGCAGGCGACCGCCCCGCCGACCUCUUACGUGCAACGAAACGAACUCGGCGAAGGCAGCGCCGAAGCCAUGGUCGUCUCCGUACCCGACCAGGAAGAAAUUCGAAAAGCCCUGAAAUCAUCCAAAAACGCACUCGUCGUCACCAAAAAGGAGUACCUCAAGGAAGACUGGUGCAAAACGGAACCGCUAGUGCAAAAAAUCCGCGAGCCCGGUUGCAUACCCGCGACGGUGAUAAACAAAUUCUGUUACGGUCAGUGCAAUUCGUUUUACAUUCCGAAGGGCCCGCGGCGCCGCGACAACAACGACGAGCGGCCUCCGCCGGCGUUCAAGUCCUGCUCGUUUUGUCGGCCCAAGAAGGUGACCUGGAUCACGGUGACCCUGCGGUGCCCGGGUCAGAACCCGCCCUUCAGACGUAAACGCUUGCAGAAGAUCAAGCAAUGCAAGUGUUUGCCGGUGGGUGUGAAUUGACGUCGGCGCGAGGACGGAGCCUCCAGCGCAGAGGCGUGCUACCGUCGAGGACGUCGAUAGAGGCCGGGCGAGCCGGGGCGCUGCGGGCGCGGAUCGUCUCUCGCCUCCAGCACUACUGGUAACGGAUUCGGCUCGCGUGCUCUCAUACGUCAAUAAACAUGACGUCAUGUGAUGCAUAAUUAGAUGCCAGUGUAGAGUUAUUUUCUCGAGCGGCUUCGACUGCAAGUCGUCAAGCAAAAGCUUUAAUUGUUCGUAGCGAAACUAAUUAGGAAGUUUGUUAGAACAUCGGUGGCCUUGCGUUCGUUUAAGGAUAUUUGAUGUGAGCCUGUGGAAACGUGCCGUGGGUGGACAGUGUGUUAGUGCUAGAGAUUAAUUUGUUUAAUAAUAUUACUGAAUGUGUGAUACUAGAUGUAGAGCCAGUGCGUUGAUUAGUAAGUACUUUAACAAGUCACAUAUUAGAUUUAAAAGCAUCAGUCUAGGGAUGUUUGUUUAUUUAUUUUCUGUUAUAGCUAUACCGAAAUACGCUUAUAAGUACGUAAUAAUUAUGCUAUUUUUAGUGAAGUUAUGAGCGGAAUAAAAGUAAGAUGUAGAGUCGGUCGGUGCAGCAGUGUAAACAUAGGUUUUAUGAUAUAACUGAAAUAUUAUUAUGAUCUCUGUUCGCUCUCAAAACAAACUAUUGUUUAUGUCUACGUAUCUAUGAUUCUGGGCUUAAUUAGGUAUUUAUUGUAGAAAUUGUGUAACCAUUUCAUAAUUAUGCAGUUAACAUGUAUCAUCAGUAUUAUAAACUUCAUAAAUUACAAAGUAAAUUAAUAUCUAUGUAAUUGAAAAAGUAUUAUUUAUGCAUAGACGAGAAAGUAAUGGAAUGAUGUUUAAAUAAAUUAUAUUUGUUCAUCAAGCAAUCUUAAAUAUGUUUUCUGUUACCAAUCCCUGAAAUUGAUAUUUUAAUGUUUGUCGAAAGUCAAAAAUUUGCAAAAUAAAUGUAGAUAUGUACUUAAUUUUGUGCGGAAAUGUACCUGCCUAUUUUCUUUGAUGAUUUGUUUUGAAUUCGCAUCACGCAUGUUUUGCUACAAUGUCUUAUUGAACGACAAUUAUGUUAAAUAAUUUCGACUCAACCGAAAUAGAAUUCGUUCUGAAAGUUACA